CGUUGAGACAGCAGCACAAACACAACCACGGACAUUUCAUCAGUGCAGUGACGUUGGUGACUCUACAUACUGCAGGUACAUGAUGGCUAGCGGGUCUCUGCCCCACUUUCUUUCGAUCCAGGAGACGUCCGCAACCAAUGGAGGCCAGGGCUUCGCUGGGAUCAACCUCGGAACCGUAAACUAUGCUGGAAGCAAUGCAACAACAUCUGGCCUGACCGCAGCGGCCAUCAAAUGUCGUCAAGACCUCUUCCUCACCGAUCCUGAUCACGAGCGAGAGAAAGUGAUCAGCGCGAAAGGCGACAGAGUCGCCGGGACUUGCGAAUGGAUUACACAAGACAAAAGCUACCGCCUCUGGCUCCAGGGCGAUGGCGAUGGCAAUAGUGGUAAGGAGAUCCGCCUGCUGUGGAUCUCAGGCGGGCCGGGGAAGGGCAAGACAAUGAUGUCUGUUUUUCUGACACAAGAGCUGCAGAGGCACACAGAACGCAUAGAAGGUGCAAAUCUGAUAUUUUUCUUCUGCAGCGCCGAGGAUGAGAGGCGCAACACAGCUGAAGCAAUGCUGCGCGGACUGGUGCACCAGAUUUUCGUCAAGCGGCCGCAGCUGAUCAAACACGCGCUGCCAUACUUUGAAACGCCGGAAAGAACAAAGCAGACGCUGUCGUCUCCUGAGGUGUUGUGGAUCAUCUUCAGCAAGCUUGUCGUAGAUGUCGAACUUGGGACGAUGUUCUGUGUAAUUGACGGCCUUGACGAGUGCACAGAAAUCACACUACAAAUGCUGUUACCGCGGAUAGUCAGCCUGCUCGCUGAUGGAACUCAGUCGUCCAGCAAGGGUUCAUUCAAGCUUACAAUCGUCAGCCGAGACAUGCUUGGCCUGCAAGGAUGCACUAGAAUAAGACUAGACCCCGACAACGACGAGAGCGUGGAUGACGACAUCAAGCUAUUCGUGUCUGCCCGAGUUGUUGAGCUGUCGAGGAUCGAAGGGUUCAGUGAAGAAUUUCGAGCAUUUGUGCAGACAGAGCUCCUCCGCCGCGCUGGAGGUACAUUCUUGUGGGUGGGCUUCGCGAUGCACGAGCUGUCGCAGAAGCAGACAUGCAGUCAGAUCUUGGAGGCGCUCAACGAUUUGCCGAGUGGUCUUCCAGCGAUAUACGGCCGCAUGCUGCUACGGAUCCCGGCCAAGCGAAGGGAUAUGAGCCGGGCGAUUCUGCGGUGGGUAGCACUGGCUGUUCGCCCUCUGCGGCUGCGAGAGCUAGCAGCUGCAGUGGGCAUUCAGGCUUCAUCACCUCGACUAACGAUGUGUAUAGUGCAGCUGCUGUCAGAUGCCGGAGCAGACCUCAAGGCGAAGAACAACAACGGGGACACAGCCCUACAUUUAGCAAUUUCAGAUCUGUGGGAUGGAGAGGAAGUAGUGAAGCUGCUGUUAGACGCCGGAGCAGACCUCAAGGCGAAGAACAACAAUGGGGACACAGCCCUACAUCUAGCAGCUUCAGAUUGGUGGAUUGGAGGGGGAUUAGUGCAGCUACUGUUAGACGCUGGAGCUGACUUCAAGGCGAAGAACAACAACGGGGACACAGCCCUACAUCUGACAGCUUCAGCUCGGUGGAUUAGUAAGGAAACAGUGCAGUUGGUGUUAGACGUUGAAGCAGACCUCAAGGCGAAGAACAACAACAGGGACACAGCGCUACAUCUAUCAGCUUCAGAUCGGUGGGUUAAGAAGGAUGCAGUGCAGCUACUGUUAGACGCUGGAGCAGACCUCGAGGCGAAGAACAACAGGAGAGAAACUGCACUACAAGUGGCGGUUCGGGUGAAGAACGACGCAGCAGUGCAGCUGCUUUUGGAGAGAGGAGCCAAGGUACAGAAGUUGUUGAAGCGGAAGAGGCCUCGGGAUUGA